AUGUUUGCCAGGCCAUUUGUCUGCUUAAGCUGCAAGCGCCCAGUACUACGACUUCCUACGCGACCGCAGACCCAAUACUUUCACGUCUCUCCUCCAUUGGCACUUCCCCGACGGAAGGAUUUCUUCUCAUCCAAUGCCCACUUAAAACAAAAACAGAACAACAACGAUGAACCAAUUGAGCUCUCUCCGGAUUCCCAGAAGCAACGUCGACGGGGUCCUAGGUUACCAGCAGCUCCCACUUCAUUGCGGCGAGUAGCGGUAGAAGCACAGAGGUCGAAGGAUAGCAUUCACUCCAAGGCGCUCCUCAAAGAGCAAGGUUUAUAUCGGACUAAGACAGUGACUGCCUACGCCGUAGCCGAGCAAUUCAACAUCCGCAAAGUCAGAGAUAUUUUACAAGAACGAGGAUAUGAACCAGACCCGUUGGAAACGGGUCUCUUCCCGCAAGUCGUUCAUGUUCAGAUACCGUUAGAUUCCAUACAGCGCAUGACGAAUCCCUCGAGCACAGAUCUACCAUCCGACGAAGUGGGCGAUUUAUUUGUGUUUCCCUCGGGUACAGUCGUAGCGUGGUCGCUUCCAGAAGGAUUCACAUCAUUCCUAGCAACACGAACUCUCUUGCCCGCAACAGAAGGUGCUCAUGUUGAUGAGUUGGAAACCGAGGAUCUGGAAUUCGUGGAGGACCCGAAGCGGGAGAACAGUGUGAUCAAAGGGGACACGAUUAUACUAGGAACUAACUCUGGCCACGGGGAUGCAGAGGGAUCACCAGCGGCGCAACAAUCCGUCGAUACAGUGUUGACCAAGGUUGCAUUUUCCUCGGGUCUUGCCCGGAGUACCAAGUUGGCCGUACUCGAGAGCCUUCUUUCAAGCUAUUUUGAAUCGACUCGGCCAAUUCCGACUCUCCUAUCACAAGGAUCACGUCUUCCUUUUACACGAGACUUUGUCCUCCGCAAAACUGGGCAGCUACUUAGUGUCCGAGCCCAGCUCAAUCUCUAUUCCGAGCUCACUGAUUCCCUUCCUGAUAUCUUUUGGGACAGCCGCCACGAGCUCGGCUUAGAAGGAUACUAUGAGCAGGCUGGCAGAGCUUUAGAUGUUGGCAUUCGCAUCAAACUGCUGAAUGAGAAGAUGGACUAUGCGCAAGAGAUCGCAAGUGUACUCCGGGAGCGCCUUAGUGAGACCCAUGGUCUCCGACUCGAAUGGAUUAUCAUUCUACUCAUUGCCGUUGAGGUUGGCUUUGAAGUAUUGCGUUUAUGGAAAGAAAGAGUACAUGAACAGGAGGAGGCGCGCAAGCAGGAGACCCAAGGUCAGUGA